AUGUCAGAUGAUAUAUGUACUGAACUUAUGUUUGCACGUUCAGUGGAGGAGCACAUCAGUGAGGACAUAGAGAAAGAAAAUACAACUUUGCUGACAACAUUCGUUCUCACAGGACUUACAUGUCAGCCACAGUGGAAAAUCCUCCUGUUUCUGGUGUUCUUGGUGAUAUAUCUCAUCACCAUUGUGGGGAACCUUGGUCUAAUUGCUCUCAUCUGUAAUGACCCUCAUCUGCACAUCCCCAUGUACUUUUUCCUUGGAAAUUUAGCUUUUGUGGAUACAUGGUUAUCAUCCACAGUGACACCAAAAAUGCUGCUGAACUUAAUAGAGAAGGGCAAGAACAUAUAUUUCCCUGAAUGUAUGAUACAGUUCUUUUCCUUUGCAGUCAGUGUAACUACAGAAUGUUUUCUCUUGGCAGUAAUGGCUUAUGACCGUUAUGUGGCUAUCUGCAAACCUUUACUUUAUCCAGUGAUUGUGACCACUAGACUGUGCAUUCAGCUAUUAGUUUUAUCAUUUGUAGGAGGCUUUAUUCAUGCUGUAAUUCAUGAAAGUUUUUUAAUGAGACUAAACUUCUGUAAUUCCAACAUAAUAUAUCACUUUUAUUGUGAUGUUAUACCAUUAUUAAAGAUUUCCUGUAAUGAUCCUUCCAUUAAUUAUCUAAUGCUUUUUAUUUUCUCUGGUUCAAUACAAGUGUUCUCCAUUGUGACUAUUCUUAUCUCUUAUACAUUUGUUCUUUUUACAAUUUUAACAAAGAAGUCUGCAAAAGGGAUGGGAAAAGCCUUCUCCACCUGUGGGGCCCAUCUCUCAUCUGUGUGUUUAUACUAUGUCCCUCUCCUUUUCAUGUAUGUGCAUCGUGGAUCUUCACAAGCAGAUAAUCAAGAUAUGAUCUUUUCUCUAUUUUAUACAGUCAUAAUUCCCUUUUUAAAUCCAGUAAUAUAUAGCCUGAGGAAUAAGCAAGUCAUAGAUUCUUUGAAAAAAAAUGUUGAAAAGAAAUAUUUAAAGUUUAUAUUGAUAUGUACCAUUCUACUACAAAGUGUGGGAAUAUAUAUGGAAUUUUUGGAACUUUUGUAG